CGCGUCCUCACACCGGCUUUCAUCGAGCGCUUGGAUCUGACAUCUUACUCCACAUAUCCGCAUACCAAUCAAUCGCGAUUAUCCUUCACCCAUUUGAACGCGUGUGACAGCCCACCGAUAGACCGCAUGGCCAUGGCUUUGAAUGCUCCAAUCAUAGUCAGUGGUUGGGUUGGUGAGAACAAACGCAUUCAUGAUGCUGAAGGAAUGGGAAUCGAUAUACUGGAUGAUUUGUCCGGUCAAUUCAACUUUCGCUAUGAGCUCUAUCUGCCUCCUGAUGGGCAAUAUGGUGUGAUUGGUCCUGAUGGGAAUUGGACUGGACUCAUUGGCGAACUGCAGAAGGGUAACAUUGACAUGGCUGUUGCGAUACUGACAAUUACCAGUGAACGGACAGCAGUAGUAGAUUUUCUCGGCACAUUUCUCAAUGCUUAUGUGAGCACUCUGAUCGCCUAUCCACCGUUGCAGUCAAAACUUUUUCAAAUGUAUGAACCGUUUGAGAUUCAGACAUGGAUACUUACGUGUUUUUGUAUACUGGUCACCGGAGUGGUCAUUUAUCUACUCAAUCACUUCAGUCCGUUCAGUGCAUGGAAUUUACNGAAUUUACAACUGCCUGGAGCCACAUCGGAUGAAGUGUCAUUUGUGGAGAACAUGUGGUGCACGUUAAGAUGCAUGGUGCUGCAGCGUGAGUUUGCCUAA